UCAGCCCAAAGAGCGCUGGGAGGCUGCAGACACAGACAGGCGUGGACAGCCCUUGCGUAAAGACGAACACAACUCUGUGCUAAACGAUCCUUGCGCGUCGCCUCUGGAUCUCUGUCGCGACACUUGGACACAACUUUUACGGACUACUUGUAUGUUUUAGGCGGAGAGAGGAGGCUUACAGCGCGGGUCAUGUCCGGAUCUUACUGUCAAAGUUUGUACCCGUUCAGCGGGGAGCAGCACCAGCAGGGUCUGAGCUUUGACGCCGGGGAUGUGAUCCGUGUAGUGCAGGCGCUUCCCGGAGGAUGGUGGGAGGGAGAGAAGGAAGGAGCCCGCGGAUGGUUCCCGUCCAGCUACGUACAAGUUUUGGAGAAAAGUGGCUCCAUGAGCCAGCUACCCGGAGAGGAGAUGAGGGACGAGCUGAAGGAUGAGCCCCUGCCCCCACACUGGAGCUGCUACAUGUCCCCACAGGGACACAAGUACUACGUCAACACCACCAGCAACGAAACCACAUGGGAGAGGCCCUCUUCUGUUCCCGGGACCCCUAAGACCCCUCAGAGACACAAGAACUCCCUUCCAGCAGUGAAUGGGUUCCACUCAGGAGGCAGCCCUUUGCUUUAUCAGCACAACAGUGUGGUCCGGAAGACCAGCACAGAACCACAGACGCCUGUGUCCACAUCCCCCACCAGGAAACAGUACAAGGAGACCACAGUCACGGUGAACUGUGUGACCUUCCCUCUCCCAGCCUUCAUGUCUGAGCAGCAGCUGCUCAAGCCAAACGAGUGGAGCUACUGCGACUACUUCUGGGCGGACAGGAGAGAUGCCCAGGGGAACAGCACCCUCACAGGCUUUGAGGUGUUACUGCACAAACAGCUGAAGGGAAAGCAGAUGCAGAAGGAGAUGGCCGAUUUCAUCAGAGAGAGGAUAAAGAUAGAAGAGGAGUACGCCAAGAGCCUGUCACGCCUAUCGCAGAACUCCCUGGCUGCGCAGGAGGAGGGGACUCUGGGAGAGGCCUGGGCCCAGCUGAAGAAGAGCCUGGCUGAUGAGGCUGAAGUCCACCUCAAGUUCUCCUCCAAGCUGCAGAGCAAGGUGGAGAAGCCCUUCCUGACCUUUAGAGAGAACUUUAAGAAGGACAUAAAACGUCUGGACCAUCACAUGUCUGACCUGAGGAAGCAGCUGGUGGGACGCUACGCUGCCGUGGAGAAGGCGCGUAAGGCUCUGGCCGACAGACAGAAGGAGCUGGAGCUCAAGACACAACAGCUCGACAUCAAACUCAACAGCAGCAAAGCAGAGGAAGACAUCAAGAAGGCACGCAGGAAGUCCACACAAGCAGGAGAUGAACUGAUGCGAUGUGUGGACCUCUAUAACCAAUUUCAGUCCAAAUGGUUUGAAGAGAUGGUCACCACCAGCCUGGAGCUAGAGCGUCUGGAGGUGGAAAGGGUGGAGAUGAUCCGACAGCAUCUUUGUCAGUACACCACCCUGAGGCAUGAGACCGACAUGUUCAACCAGAGCACAAUGGAGCCAGUGGACAAGCUGUUGCAGUAUGUGGACCCGGCAAGAGACAGAGAGUUGUGGGUACGAGAGAACAAGACUGGGGAGAUCCGACCUGUAAACUUGGAGAUCUGAAAUUAUAUACCCUCUAGAGAUAUGAACUGCUCCCACACUCCUGGAGAUCUAGUCCUACCCUUCUAGAAGAACUGCUCCUCUUCACAGAUAAAUCUGAUCUAAACUGCUCCUACUCUUCAGAGAGGCCAUCCAUGGACAUAUGAUGAACCGCUCCUGCUCUAGAGGAGAUAUGAUCUGCUUCUACCCUCCAGACUGGCCAACCAUGGAGAUAUGAACUGCUCCUACCCUUCUAGAGCUCUGAUCUGCUAAUUUUGACAGAUGGGCCAAGAGAGCCAAAUUGUUCCUACCCUCUGGAGAUCCAAACAGCUCCUACCUUCUGGAGAUCUGAACUGCUUCUUAUCAUCCUGGAGAUCAAAUCUAUACUUUUCAGAUUGUUCCACCUACAGAUCUGAACUUCUACUCCCCAGAGUCAACAACCAGGAGUUAUGAAAAGCUCCUAAUCUCCUGGAGUUCCAAACUGCCUCUAGCCUCCAGACUGGUCAACCAUGGAGAUAUUAACUGCUAAAAUCUUUGGGACUGGUCAUCCAUGAAGAUCCUGACAGAUCAACCUGAAAGUUUAAACCUCUAUUACUCUCCUAGAGAUAUUAUCCUCUCCUACAUUCCAGACCAGUCCACCUAGAGAUAUGAACUGCUCCUACCCACCUAGAAAUCUAGAUUGACAGAGGAAUGCCAACUGCUCCUUCCAGUCUGAUCAGCAUGGAGAUAUGAAGAGUUCAUACCUUAUUAGAGCUCUGAACUGCUCUUGCCCAGCUCUCCAUGCCCAAAGGGGCUGGUUGCGCAUAAACGGUGUAUUCAGAUGCUGUAGUGAGGGGGUGUGGCAGGUGCCAGCUUUAAAUCAGAGGUGCUAUACCUAGCUCUGCUUAAAACUGUUGUUACAAUUUUUCAUAACUAACACUUUGUUGAACCUUCUCACUCAAUAGAUACAGGUUCUACUCAUUUCUCGGAUUAAAAAUUAAAAUGUCAAAGUUAAAAAGAGUUACAUUUUAACUACUUUUUUAUUUUAAACAAACAUAUUCUUCUCAAAGUAGUUUUCAGACAUAUUUUACUUCUGCGUGUAAUAUAUUAUGCUGUGUGUCAGUAUUCUUACAUCUUACAGUAAAAGUUUGGUUUGCUCUUCCCACAAGUGUCAAAAGCUGAUGAAAUUAUUUUAA